AGUGGGGCCUUCAAGGAAAAUCUGCCUAGACCCUUGUUGGAGCGAGCCUUUCUCCAAGCUAAGCUAAGGAUGGCGGCAGCCCCGGGGGCCCUCCCAGCCUUGGUUGGCCAGGCUUCAGAGGAACAAGGGGAGAUUAUCAAAGUAAAGGUUAAAGAAGAAGACCCUAUUUGGGAUCAGGAAUCUUGUCUACAGAAGGAUUUGUCUCAUACCAGGGAACUCUCUCGUCAACGCUUCCGGCAGUUCUGCUAUCAGGAGACUCCCGGACCCAGGGAAGCUCUGAGCCAACUCAGGGAACUUUGCCGUCAGUGGUUGAGCCCAGAGAUACACACUAAGGAGCAGAUCCUGGAAUUGUUGGUGCUGGAGCAGCUCCUGACCAUCCUGCCUGAGGAGCUCCAGGCUUGGGUGCGGGAGCAUCAUCCUGAGAGUGGAGAGGAGGUGGUGACUGUGCUGGAAGAUUUGGAGAGGGAGCUUGAUGAACCUAGACAGCAGGUGAGAAACUGGAGGGGCCAUCUUCUGUGA